GCAACGAUCAAGAAAACUUGGCAAUAGGUGAACAGUACACUUUCUGGCCAAAAGUGGAUUGGAAACAAAGUCCCAGCCCAGGAGCGUCGUUUGAUUGAGCAGGACACUAAAUUACGUCUAUCCAAGAAUUUCAUGGAUACGUUAGCUGUUUAUUAACUAGCAUCUCAUAUGUGAACUACCAUUCCAGGCAUAAAGCAGAAAAUUAAAACAAUUUGAACUGUGAUUGUUAUUAAGGUAGCAACAGUUUUCAAAGUUAAGCAACAUUUGUAAACCUGCAUUUAGUGUUAAUAGCCACACUUUCAUAGAGCACGAAAGAGCCACCCAGUACAGCUGAAUUCCAGAAAAUAUGGAUGUGAGUGACGGUGCAGGAAGAUGGGUUGGACUUGGUAGCAGAGACGCCGGUACCAGAGAGGUAGCUAUGGAAAUUAUUCGACAGGAUGUCAUGAACAGAGCGGAGGGUAUUGGCCCAAUCAGAGAGACAAUGGGACAAUUUCCAGGAGGCGUCGAUCUGAAUGACAUCUUGGCGCGGCUGCUGAUGCUCUCCAAGAGGUGUCCUUUCCAGGAUGUCAGGGAGAAAUGCCUGCAGGUGCUUCAAGGUGUGCAGGAAAUUGGCAUACGGAUCCCAAGACCCCUGGGACAGGGCCCAAGCAGAUUUAUCCCUGAAACAAAGAUUCUUCAGGUAAGCAAAGUGGAUUCUAAAACCCAAGUAAUCUUUGAAGAUACAUUUUCCACUUUGGGUCGUCUGGACAACAUUUCAUUGGUAAUGGGGUUCCAUCCUCAGUAUUUGGAAAGUUUUCUCAAGACUCAGCAUUACCUUCUGCAGAUGGAUGGACCUCUUCCUCUUGAUCACCGCCAUUACAUUGGAAUCAUGGCUGCAGCCCGGCAUCAGUGUUCAUAUUUAGUCAAUCUGCAUGUAGAUGACUUCCUUCAAGUUGGAGGCAACCCAAAGUGGUUGAAUGGUUUGGAAGGUGCCCCCCAGAAACUACAGUCCUUAGGGGAAUUGAACAAGAUACUGGCUCACCGUCCUUGGCUCAUCACAAAAGAGCACAUUGAGCAUUUGUUGAAAGCUGAAGAUCACAGCUGGUCCCUUGCAGAGCUUAUUCAUGCAGUCGUUUUGCUGACACACUACCAUUCUCUUGCUUCCUUCACAUUUGGCUGUGGAAUCAAUCCUGAGAUACACUGUGAGGGCGGACACACCUUUCGACCUCCUUCCGUUAGUAAUUACUGUGUCUGUGACCUUGCAAAUGGCAACAGUUCUUUGGAUGAAAUGCAGAGCAACCAGUUAGUUACUGAUACGUCUUGUGAAGUUGAAGCACUAAUGGAGAAAAUGAAACAAUUGCAAGAAUGCCGAGAUGAAGAAGAAGCUAGUCAGGAAGAGAUGGCAACUCGAUUUGAGCGAGAGAAAACUGAAAGCAUGUUGGUAGCUUCCACAGAAGAAGAAGAGAGUGCACCUACCAGAGAUGUUUCACGUCACUUUGAGGAUCCCAGCUACGGUUACAAAGAUUUCUCCAGGCGUGGGGAGCAUGUUCCUACUUUCCGUGCUCAGGACUAUACCUGGGAAGAUCAUGGAUAUUCUUUGGUGAAUCGCUUAUACCCAGAUUUUGGGCAGCUGCUGGAUGAGAAGUUUCAGAUUGCUUAUAAUUUAACCUACAACACCAUGGCAAUGCACAGAGAUGUGGAUACAUCAAUGCUGAGACGUGCAAUCUGGAAUUACAUCCACUGCAUGUUUGGAAUAAGAUAUGAUGAUUAUGAUUAUGGCGAGAUAAAUCAGUUGUUAGAUCGGAGCUUUAAAGUUUACAUUAAGACGAUGGUGUGUAGCCCAGAAAAAACGACAAAAAGAAUGUAUGACAGCUUCUGGAGACAAUUUGAACACUCCGAGAAGGUUCAUGUUAAUUUGCUUCUUAUGGAAGCUCGUAUGCAAGCUGAGCUGCUCUAUGCUUUAAGAGCCAUUACUCGUUACAUGACAUGAAGUGAAUGUUUUGGAGGCCAUGGUGACGGAUCCAGAGAGUUUCAUACAUCUAAAAUGUGAUGCUGUGAGUUAUCUGACUUGGAGGAGUGACAUGGUAGCUGUGCUACAGAGUGACGUGGAUGCCUCCCAACUCCUACUGGCUCCUUUGCAUCUACUGAAGAUAAGGAUAGACUAUGAAGAAGCAGCAAACUUCAGUAUUCAGCCACAUUUGUGUUUUACGAUUUCACUAAACUUGACUCGUGGACUUGAGCCUUUUGUAGCAGUGCACCAAUUUGCAUUCAAGUAUUUUUAGCAUUCUUGUAUCGUAUUCAAGUUGCUGUUGAAACGGCUGAAGCAUUAAUUGAGUAAAACCUGUUGAGGCUGUACAGUAUGUGCCAAACAAAAAAAAAAAAAAACAAAAAAAAAGCAGAAGUGUAAUGUGAUGGCAGCAGAGCUGCCCUUUUCCUAGCCAGUGGAAUCUAAACUACUGGCUGUCCAUGUAAGCUAAAACGAAAACUUCUCAAACACUGCAGUUAACUGAGCCUUUCUGUGGUUCAUUAAGAAUCCACUCUUUUGUGAAUUGUUGUACAGUAUUACUGAAUUUAAGCAUUUAAAAACUUCUCCAUUUUGCUUUUAAAA